AUGGGUGAACAAUACCAAAUGAACACGUUCUUCAUGGAUAAGCUCUUAUGUGUACUGGAAAUGAAACCAGCGGCGAGCCCCUUGCAUCAGACAAUACAGUCGAGCUGCAUCAAAUCUACUACCACCGGAUCUACCGAUUCGAAUGCAGUUCGGGACGGCGUACGUGAAUUAGUAAAUCAACUGUUGAGCUCUAAGCGUACACCAAAUGGAUAUCCUGCCGUUGUUGUUGAUCAGCCGUGUUUACUUGAAAGAAAACUGAAUGCUUUAUUAGAUCGUGGCAUUGGUGCAUUUCAGUGGGAAGACACAUUGGAAUUCUACCUCCCUAUUGAACGCGAUCUAAAUAUGCCAGACGUGAAGAAGGCACCGCAUAUGGUGGAAUUUUGGAAUAAGGCUCAUGAUCUCCUGGUCCAAGCCAAUUUGCACCAAUCUUUAAUGAAGUCUGUGAUGCGGGACUCUAAAAUCGUCCUCAGAGAACAUGUGCACACUUUUCUUCACUUACUACGGAAACACGGAGUGCCUGUACUGGUCUUUUCGGCUGGGAUUGGUGAUAUUAUUGAAACCGUACUGGAACAAGAGGACCUCUGUUCAGACAAUCUUCGAGUCCUUUCAAAUUUUAUGGAUUUCGAUUCCGAGGGCAAUCUGACGGGUUUUCGGAGUCCACUUGUUCAUAUGUUGAACAAAACCAUACGCGAUUUACCAGAGUUACAGGAACUAUGCAGUUUUCCUGAUGCGUCUACGUUGCUACUACUGGGCGACUCGGUUGCAGAUACAAGAAUGGUUGAUGAACAGCACGUGCCGUCCGAAGUUACCUUGAAGAUCGGUUUUCUCAACGAACCCGUACGUGGUCCUUUGGUGUCAAACCUUUUUUGAGUAACCCUGGCUCCCCCUAGGUGUUGAAGUUUUGCCAAACUAUCUUUCCCCCAAUCAAUGGAGGCUGUAGAGGAACAAUAGAGUGUAGUGGGGCGGCGGCGAUGGUCAACAGGGGCGUAUUCAUUGUUGUGGCUAUUUGUGAUCGGUUCUUAGAAUACCACUACACGUUGUCACACAAGCCACAUGCUUGCUUACACAAACAUGAAUGACUUAACCUAUCCGCUGACAGUGCCUGGUACUUUCGUGUGCUACUCAGCGCGCCCAGCUUCUACUCCAACCGCGGUAGGCUUGCUUAUUUC